UCACUGGGGCGGUCUCUACCGGCUAUAGCGCUGCCGCUGCCGUUCGUGUCUUUGUUCCGUGCUGAGCGUGACUGAUCACAGCGUGUGCGUGCGUGUGCAUGCGUGCAUGUGCUGCUAUAUAGCUAGUCUCACACAGGCCAGAGUGCGACAGAGUGUGAGCAAGCACCGGUCAUAAGCAAGCGUGAGAUCAGAUCACAUCACGAUGGCAAGCUUCUGUGGAAAGUUCGAGUUGGUGUCUAGCGAGAACUUUGAAGAGUUAUGCAAGGUUCUCGGUGUUCCCGAAGAGCUGGCGAAGGCGGGCGUGGCGGCGAAGACAUCUCAGGAGAUCUCCAUGGACGGCGAUGACAUCACGGUGAAGCUGAUCAAUGACGUCAGAACCACGGCGAACACGUUCCGCCUUGGGGAGGAAUUCGAUGAGACCACACCGGACGGUCGCCUAGUGAAGUCGAUCGUUGCGUUGGAUGGAGACAAGAUGGUGCAGGUACAGAGAGCCGGCGACAUCGAGGUGGUCAUAACUCGUGAGAUGGUGGGGGACGGACUGCGUAUUACGAUUAAGUCAGGAGCUGUCGUCUGCGUGAGAGUUUACAAAAGCAUCUAGACUUCAAGCUUGCUAUAGUACCAUCCAGCACGGCGUCUGCUUUCUCACUGACGCACUCACCGAUCGAGUGGGCGCAACUAGUUAGACAAGUUUACUCCACGUAUAGCGUCGGUGUACGUCAGAAAACCCCAAAUAAAAUUAUGCAUUGUACAUCGGUAGCAUGAGCAAGCACCCCUUAUAAUCUCCGCCUCGCGUUCAUAGCUAUAUACUAGUGUAUAGAGAGAGGUGCGCGCCCACCAACCGGCUAGCAUUAUUGUGUUUUGUUCCGCAAGUACCGAGGGCAGCAGGGGCAAGCUAUGUUUCGUCGUCAUGUUUUCUACGACUUUAUUAUGCAUGUUCCACUAUCGUAGAUAUACAUGAGUUCAAAAUGCAAAUAUAGGCGUGGGUAUACGCUAUGGGGCACCGUUGAAAACUUUUGGAGCUUUUAAAUUUCGCGAUAAUGUGUACGCACACAAUGGAUACACACGCGCAGACGUGAAACCUUUGUUCGGUAGGCUAUUGAAAUUAAUGAAUCAUCCAGGAAAUAUGUUAUUGCGUAUAGCCUGAUGCAAUGACUAAUCUAUUGUAUCGCGCAGGUGUUGUGGACGCGCAUAACCUACUAAAACUACGUACACCUGUAUAAUAAAGCUUUUUUUGUCUGGGGAUUUUCUCCAAUAUAAAUCUGGGACAAAUACUCACGGAUAAACUUUUGAACGAGUACCAGUAAAACACACGACAACCAAUUGGGAGAAAAGAAAAAAUGAAUAUACUAAGUGUAACAAAUUUUAAUAAUAAUUGUAUAAAGUUUCGAUUAUGUUUUUAUUGCUACAAGGGAAUAUAAAUAGGUAUUUGAUUAGCGCAUGCAUAUGCUGACGUUUGAAUUUGUACGUCACAAACGGAAAUCUUUAUGCUGGAUUUGAACAUGGUCUUUUUCACAAAAACUGUAAUUUUUACAUUCGGCGAGGACGAAUAAAAAUAUCUCGAACAUA